CCCCCUGUAUCACAUUAUAGAAGUUAUUAGUUCAAUAUGUUUGGAGUAGCAUUAAUAAGAUGGAGCCAACAUUUUAAUAAUAAGGAAAAGAUUAUAGCGUAAGUGUUUAAAGUGAACAAGUGAUCUGAAUAGAUAGAAAAAUGGUUGAGACUAGCAAGCAGGUGAGAGUGGACAAUUGGGGAAUUUACUUCCUGCAACGUCUUCAGUUGUUCUUUUCCAAAACCGACUACUGCGAUUUGACCCUGCAAUUCGAGGGUAACGUCCAACUGAAAGUUCAUCGUUUAGUAAUGAACGCCUGUACCGAAUACUUUACUUUUCUGGAACAAACAUGUUCAGCACUGGAUGAUAGCACUAUCAUAAUGCCGAGCGAUCUACAGGCUGAUGUUAUUGUACCCAUUGUUAAUUUUAUGUAUACAGGUAUGUUAGAAUACCAUCCGAGUAUCUUUACAAAGUUAUACAAAGCCGCUGAAGUGAUGAAUAUUGCCGUUUUAACGAAACUUUUGGAUGAAAUCAAUUACAAGAACAAUCCGGUACCUAAAGGGAAAAAGAGUGUUAUGAGUAGCUGGCAGAAUAAGAAUAUACAUAAGCCAGCUUCACCAGUUGCUGGUGACUUGCCAAGUCCUCUGCCGGCAAGGAAACUACCUGUAUGGAAACGAAAACAAUCUGCGUCUACGGUUCAUCCGACAUCAACAACUUUCAAUAAUUCUAAAUGGAUUGAGGGGCCUAUUGAGAGGGAUCCUUUACUGGUACUGGACAACGCUCCCAAACCCACCCGCUUCGAAUGGCCCGACGACGACCUCAAGCACAUCACGCCGCUGGACUCGAGCGCCUUCGACUCCAGCGACGUGUCGCUGACCAGCAAGCCGCUGUGGACCAAGGAGGACGACCAAAAAGCCGGCAUCGUCGAGCAGGAGGCAGCCCGCUCGGGCCUGAUGGGCGACUUGAGGGAGUACGAGGAGGAGGACGGUCCGCCCGUUAAGGAGCAACCGGCGGUUUUGCAGAGCGAGGUGUCUUCGAGUAGUAGGGGUGGCGGGGAGGAGACUAGCUUGAAGAGGAAAUCGGAGACGAAGCUAGUAUCGUCGCCUAAAAGGGUGAAAAUUACGGAGCUGGAUGAUGAAACUGUGAUAUGCAUCAAAACCAGCAAUCCAAGCGAACUGGACCAUACGAAGGUGGUGUCGGAAAUACUUAAGAAGUUUCCCGGCCUUGUCAAAAAGAAGAAAAACAUCAAACUGAAAAUUAUCACGGCCAAAGGUGCUUCUGCACCAGCAGUCAAAGAGAAGCCAAAAGUCCAGGCGCCAGUUCAAUUGGAAAAGGUAGAAAAGAUAGAAAGGUCGUACCGAAACGAGUCGAAACCUGUAGUAGUAGAAGCGCAGCCUGUACGGGAUUCCAAAGCGCUUAAAGAAAACAAAAAGCCCCAAAAAAAGUCAAAGUCUUACAAAACUGCCGAUUUCAGGUGUUUCGGCGAUGACGGACCAUGGGCCUGUAUGGAAUGCUUAGGUGAUGGAGAUCCUCCUGAAUUCGUUUUGUACUAUCUCUUCCGUAAACAUAUGACCGACGUCCACGCUGUAGAAUUCGAAGAUUCUCUAUGUAAAUAUUGCGGCAAAAAGUGCGUUACAGACGUACUGAUGGCCUUCCACUUGUACACUAAACAUGGACUGAUACCAAAUUCGAAUAUGAGGUUCCCUAAGUGUUCAAAGUGUCCACUUAUCGCGGUAACAGCCGAAAAAAUUCAACUACAUAGUACGAUUCACGGCGAGGAUGAGGUCCAAUGUCAAAAUUGUAAAUUGGGAUUCUUCACUAAGAAGGACCUGCAUGCCCACGUCCAAAUUUCAGGACAUUGCCAAUCUACUAAACGAAUUAUACACCCUAUUUCAGGAAAGGCGAUCCUGGACUGCGCCUACUGCACGAAAAAGCUGCAGUCCUCGGUGGGCCUGUUCAAUCACGUGCGCACGCAGCAUUUUAAGGAGGCGAUCCGCGACGGCAUCACCAGUCUGGACGAGAAAAUGGACUUCGAGGACAUGGAACAGGAACUGAGCCAGCCGGCACAGGAGCCGGUGAAAGAACCGGAGGCGGUGGCGGUACAGGUGGCGGAUAUUCCGAUUAAGAAGGAGGAGAAAUCGAUAGUACCACAGCCGAAAGAAAGGGUAAAGAUAUUGUCGAAUGUUAAGGUAUCCAAACCAGAAGAGACCCAUAUUGCUGAUACUGAAACGAUUGAUAAUGCUGCAGUAACACAAGCUGACCAAAUUGCUGUUACAACUGCCACUACUGCUCUGAGUAACAUUGGUGGUAGUUUAGCAACCAAUUUAGGUUUAGUAGAUAUUGUAGUAUUAGACGAUAAUCAGCCAUAUAUUUUGCAACAGCCUCAAGGACAGCCUGGUAAUGAAUUCAUACUACCGGAACUUGGAGCAAAUGAUGGUAUAUUACAAGCGGCAGCUGCGGGGUCAGAUAUCAAUUCAACGGACGAGCUUGUCAUGGUUUUAACGGAUCACGAUUAUCAGGACGAGCAGAACAAUGGACAGGGAGACAAUUCGAACAUAGUCGUCCUUUACAGUCAUCCCGUGGAGGGCCAACAAGGACAAUUUAUAACAUCUCAGGGUAACUUACUAGUAAAUUCGCAAGGAAUGCUGGAAAUCCGAAAUGGGGCGGCUAUAACUACGACAGCCGGACAACUUUUAGUGAAUACCACUGAUAAUACCAUAACUACCCAAGCCUCACCAUCUCCCAUAGAAUCCAUAGAAUUGAUAAGGAAGGAAAUCGAAUCUGGUGACGGCACCGGAAAUGGUGAUAAUAGUGCAGAGAACACGCAUGUCGAAGAGGGACAAGAACAUGAAGUUGUUCAGCCAGAACCGGAAUCUGUUGAACACAGUGAAGAAGCAGAAAGAGAAGAAGAAUCAACUACUCAAGCUGAAACUAACGGAGUAAAUAGUUCGCUGGAUACCACCGAUUCUUUACAGGAAGAACCUAUGGAGGUUGAGGAAAUUGGUCCACCUCAAAUUCAAACUAAUGCGCCUGAGGAGAUUCCAGAAAUUAAUCAAAAAGAAGAAGUUUUAAAGGAAGAAAAAGGUAUCCGUCAUCGUUCGAAGGUGAACACGCUCCAGAAAGGAAUCUAGGAUAUUUUAGAUAUUCCACCGUUAGAAGCAACGGACGAUGAGGGCCACGACAUACCCCCAGUUCAAGCUCAAAACAACACAGUUGAGUUAAACGAAGCCACCGAUCUUAAUGAUUCCGGAGACGGUUUGAUUCUUAACGAUACGUCCAGUUAUGAAGCAAUGGAAGUCGAUGGUAUAACAACAAACAUAGAGGCCGAACCGAUUCAGCAAAAUAGUCAAGUUGUCGAAAUCACCAAGGAUGAAGUAUAUACCCAGUCCUGUUCAGAAACUGAUAAUAGCGCAUCACUAGAACAGCACUCUUCAGAAGAAUAUGCUUCGCUAGAUCAAGCAUCAUUAGAGCACCACGCAUCAUCAGAGCAACUGUCACUAGAAAACCACGCUUCAUUAGAACAAGUAUCGAUAGAACAGCCACAUGCUUCGUUAGAACAGCACCAAUCAGAAGAACACCCAUCCUUAGAAGGACUUUCUAUAGAGUCGCAACCCGACAAAUCUCUAGAAGAGUCAAAUGUACAAACAGACAGCUUUAUAAGCCAGGAGGAAAAUCAAAACGCAUCCAAUGAGCUACUAUCAAAUGUUGAGCAUCAGUUUGCCAGUGAAAUCUGUUCAGAAAUACAGGAAACCAAAGAGAAUGAAAAUUGCCAGAUGGAGAAUGAAAAUAACGAAAACGUGGAGGCCGAACAGUUUCAGGAAAACGCAACCUUGGAACAGAUUCAACACAACGCAGCAUCAGAACAGAUUCAUGAAAAUGUCGACCUGGAACAGAUUCACGAAAACGUAGACCUGGAACAGAUUCAUGAAAAUGCCGAUCCGGAACAGGUUCACGAAAAUAUAGACACGGAACAAAUUCAUGAAAAUAUUGACACAGAACAGACUAAUGAAAGUUUAGAUACAGAACAGAUUCAUGAAAAUCUAGAAUCUGAACAGAUUCAGCAAAAUAUGGAACAGGAACAUAUUCAGCAAAACGACAAUAGUAUUCAGUCGCAUUUUGAGGAUUUCACUGACGAGUCUCAGCAGAGUUCCAGUCAGAAAGUGCUGAGGAAUCUGAAUAAGGAGAUAUUGGACGAUUGGGACGAUACGGACAGUCAGCAAAGUCAGAGGAGUCGAGAGUGUGUGCUACAGGACGAGCAGACGAGUAUAGAUCAAGAUUCAAACCAUGUUGUGAAUGAAGCCGUCGAGAAUGUCAACAAACUUAUGGACGACUGGGACGAAGAAGACGAAGAACAGAGUAAAGACUAAAAUCAUUUUUUAUAUAAAUUUCGUGUGACUUUAUGUUAUGGUAGGAUAUUUUAAAUUAUAAAAAAUCAAAUUUAGUUCCUUUUUAAACCUAAAAAAUUAACUUGUACAUAUCUAGAGGUUUACAAAGGACAAUUUUCGUCAAAAAAAACUUUUUUAAUUCGUUUUAGAACUACUUUAUAUACAGUUUUAAGUAGCAAUGGAGUGAUAGAAAUUAUAUUGUGUUUUAAAUAUUAUAUAGGUUCAAAUAUAUUGUACA